UGCAGCGCGCAGGGCGUAGAGCACUUCCUCGUCAACAUGGCGGCUCCUAUGACACUGCUGCUGAUUGUAGCCGUUACGAUCCGCGCCGUCCUGUACCGGUCCGGUGUGGCGGACCUGGUCUCGGAGCGAGUGGAGGUGGUGUCUCCGCUGACCGCCUGGAAGAGAGUCGUGGAAGGUUUGGCUCUGCUGGAUUUGGGAGUCUCACCGUAUUCUGGAGAUGUUUUCCACGAGACUCCUCUCAUCAUCUACCUCUUCCACUUCCUGGUGGACUACGCAGAGAUCACAUUCAUGCUGGCGGACGUGAUCACCGCGGUGGCCCUCUACAUGGCCGUGAAGGACUACAACAAACAAGUGUUCAGGAAGCAGAAGUACGCGCUGGAGGCUGACCGCUACCCGCUGGACUGUCUGGAGCUCAUCAGGAGCCCCGGAGAAAUGUACUACAUCCCCCUGAAGGUGGCCAUGUGCUACCUUUUGAACCCGUUCACCGUCCUCUCCUGCGUCGCCAAGUCCACCUGCGGCCUGAACAACGCCGUCAUUGCCCUCUUCAUCCUGUCCACCGUCAAAGGCAACAUGCUGCUGAGCGCCAUCUUUCUGUCUCUGGCCACCUACCAGUCCAUCUACCCCCUGACCCUGAGCGCCGCCGCACUGCUCUACCUGAUGCAGCGUCAGUACAUCCCGGUGAACGUCCGGCGGUUCAGCUUCUGGUGGUUCGUGGCUCAAUACGCCUUCAUGUACCUGGGCAGCCUGCUGGUCCUGGUGGGCCUGUCCUUCUUCCUGCUGGGCUUCUGGGACUACCUUCCCUCGGUCUACGGCUUCAUUCUCUCGGUGCCGGACCUGACCCCCAACAUCGGCCUCUUCUGGGAUUUCUUCGCCGAGAUGUUCGAACAUUUCCGCCUCUUCUUCCUGUGUGUCUUCCAGAUCAACGUCUUCUUCUACACCCUCCCUCUGUCCAUCAAGCUCAAAGAGCAUCCGGUGUUCCUGAUCUUCAUGCAAUUGGCUGUGAUCUCCAUCUUUAAGUCUUACCCCACUGUGGGAGACAUCUCUCUCUACCUGGCCUUCCUCCCCGUGUGGAGUCACCUGCACAGAUUCUUGAGGAACAUCUUCUUGGUAUCCUGCGUCCUGCUCGCCUGCUCUGCUCUGUUCCCGGUCCUCUGGCAUCUCUGGAUCUACGCCGGUAGCGCCAACUCCAACUUCUACUACGCCAUCACGCUGCUGUUCAACGUGGCGCAGAUUCUGCUGGUGUCGGAUUAUUUCUACGCCUUCCUGAGGAGAGAACACCAUCUCAGCUACGGCCUCUACCUGAAGAGGAAAGACGGCUCCGAAGCCACGCUGGUGCUGAAAUAAAAAGUCCCCCGGCAGCUGGAGCCACAGCUGGAGGUCUUGCGUGGACCUCAAAGGGAACAAACCCAAACUGAGGAGGAUCAGGGGCCUUCACAGCGUCUGUCUGGUACGACGUCAACUGCAAAGAAGUCCCAACACGCUACAUGAACACACUAUCGUGCAGAGACGUAACCGCAAUGUGCAGAUCAACACAUUUUCCCCCAACAAAUCCCACGACAACUGUGCUUUGUGUUCCUUUUCUGAAGCGCUCUUAUUUUGAAGCGUCACUUGCACCUCGAGCCUGUGGGCUGCACGGGGGACGCUCUGAAGUCACAAGACUUACACGAGUCAUCUUCUGCUUUGGUUCCUGUUGACCACUAACGCAUUCAAAGGCCUCACGGGGGCGAGGACUGCUCAUGUACAUAAUACUCAUCUGAGUACUUUAUACAAACAUCUUUCUUUUGUUCUCCCCUGCAGUUUAGAUUGUUUCUUUCUGCAUUGCAUUGUGGGAGUAUGUUGACUCCACACUGACUCUUUGACAAUGCUGCUUAAGAUUACUGGAAACAAUAAUGUGAUAAACUAUUACAGAUAAUUGUCUGAUUGGAAUUAAUUUACACUUUUCUAAAUAAACCCUGAUGAGACGUGUUGGGACAUUUUAAUAUGUGUCCUCUGAUGGCCACAGACAUUUGUUUCAUAAUUGUGAAAAUAAUUCUGCCUUACAAAAAAAUGAUCCCUUGAAAUGAUUUCUACAUUACGGGCUAAUUAUUUAUUUGGUGUUCAUGUAAAAUUACAAACAUUAACCAUGUGGGUGUUAAUUUAUUCGCUCUUUUCUGAUGCUUUGUAUUUGUGUUGACAAGCUCUUCUGUGGUAUUUGAUGAACAUAUGAAUGUGAUGUUUUUUGUUACAGAUAUUAAAAUGGUUUGAACUGGU